AUGGUUUUGUUCCAUCACCACGGUCUUCAUCUCCAUCCCAGAAUCUCGAUCGCCACAUCGCCCGAUUGCAAUCGCCUCGAGAAAAGCCUUCACGAUGUGCUUUUGAGCAUGAGAUUUGGACUAACACGAGAUCUCCGUCUGAAACGACCAUCAUUCGCAUACUAUUCCGUAUCUCGAGAACAACAGCCCAUCAUCAUGGCGACCAAGAGCGACAAGACUUCGACGGAGGUGAAAGAUAAGGUAGUGGAGGAGAAGAAGGAAAAGGAUAAGGAUAAGAAGGAGGAGGUAUCGCUCCCACCACCGCCGGAGAAACCAGAGGCUGGCGAUUGUUGCGGUAGCGGUUGCGUCCGAUGCGUUUGGGAUGUGUAUUACGAUGAGCUCGAAGAAUACAACAAGCUUACUGCUUCCAUCACUGGAGAUACUAAAUCCAAUUGAUUGAAUUGGGAUUGCUUUGUUCUGAUUGUUACCCUAUUGUUGCUAGAAAAAGUUAAACAAUUGCUUUGUUCUAUAAUAAAGACUGGUCAAGAACUGAUCGACCAAUGUUAAACGAUUUCAAUCUUUUUUUCACUGUGCUUGUAGUUGCUUGUAUAUAAACAAAUCAUUGAUUC